UACCAAUUUCCACAAACUACCCCUACUCCCUUCUCUUACAGAUACCCAUCGUCCAUCGAGGAUAAACUCGACUUUUCCAAAAUCUCUUCUUGUCCACCUGCCUCCGUCCAUUUAAAUUCUGAGCUUCCAUACCUUUUGCUCUUCCCCUGCAUAGCUAUUCUCUGCGGAAUAUUCAUUUGACUAUUUUGCCCUUAGUCAAUACUUACCCUCAUCACCACCAGAUCUAUCGUAGCUCUCAACUUUCAUUAGGGUUUUCUUUCCGACAGUUUCCAAUCGCUUUCUCCUGAUCGGAUUCAGCAAUUUCCUUACGCAUUCACCAACCUCUGAUUUUCUCGAGCCCUAGACCCUCAGAUCCUCUACUUUGAUAUUGGAAUAGCUCAUCUCCAAUUGCAUUCGCAUACAGUCGGAUUAAUUACCUCGUCCGUCGAUAUAUUCCAAGCCGUUGACUUAAUUCGGGGUUUAUUGGGGGUGAAGCGGAUUUGACGGUGUUUUUAGUAUUUCGACAUGUUGGGAACCGGGUUGAAGUUCGAGCGAGCCCGCGGAGAGGACCGGUUUUACAAUCCGGCUAAAGCGCGUAGGGCACACCAGAACCAGCGGAGGGAGCAACUUCGGAGAGCCCAGAGUGACGUCAUAGCCAGUCAAUCGCUGGCGGUUACGGUAAAACAGGUUGCUUCGUUGGCGAACAGGGAGCCGGAGAACCGGGCCGGGUCCGACGAGCCUCCCAAGCCAGUCGCCGUGCCAGCAUUCGAGCCCGUGGUGGUUCCGCAGCUGAGUAACCUCGAGCGGUUCUUGCAAGCGAUCACGCCCUCCGUGCCGGCUCAGUAUCUCUCUAAGAGGACAAUGAGGGCCUUUAGGACUUGUGAUGAUGAACAGCUUCGGCCUUAUUUUGUGCUCGAUGAUUUAUGGGAGUCUUUUAGGGAGUGGAGUGCUUACGGUGCCGGAGUGCCUUUAAUAUUGAAUGACAGCGACUGUGUUGUUCAGUACUAUGUUCCGUAUUUGUCCGGCAUACAGAUAUAUGGCAAGCCCACGAAGUCAUCUCCAAAGUCCAGGCGACCGGGUGAGCAUAGUGAUAGUGAGUCCAGAGAUUCAAGUAGUGAUGGUUGCAGUGAUUGUGAGCCUGAAAGAGGAUUAAAUUAUGUACGGGAGCAACGGAAUCAUCACCGUCUAUCUGGUGAGAUUGCUCUUAGGAUGGAUGGAUUGUUUUUGAGGGACCAACAUACUGAACUUCCGGAAGACUUUUCUAGUGAUGAGGGGGAAUCUGUGAAUUCUCAAGGUUCCCUGCUUUUUGAGUAUUUUGAACGGGACUUGCCUUAUAGCCGUGAACCCUUAGCUGACAAGAUAUCAGAUCUUGCCUGCCGUUUUCCUGAGCUGAGAACACUAAGAAGUUGUGAUCUGUCUUCCAGCUGGAUUUCUGUGGCAUGGUAUCCGAUUUACAGAAUACCCACUGGGCCAACAUUAAAAGACCUGGAUGCUUGCUUUCUGACGUAUCAUUCUCUUCAUACUCCCGUGGAAGGUGCACCAGGUGGACAAGCUCCAAUGGUGACAUAUCCCAGUGAGGUGGAUGGUGCCCCUAAGAUGACCUUACCAGUUUUUGGUUUGGCUUCAUACAAGUUCAAAGGAUCCUUGUGGACGCCUAAUGGGGGAUUUGAGCGCCAAUUGGCAAACUCCCUUUUGCAGGAAGCUGACAACUGGUUAAGACGGCUUCAGGUCAAUCAUCCAGACUUCCUGUUUUUCUGCCGCCGGUAGUAAGUUUUGAUGUAAUUGUUAUCCUCCUGUCUCAACCGAUUAAUAUAUUCUGCCAUCCAUGCGUGGGCUGGCUGUGGAAAACCCCUUUAUGUGGAGCUCAAGAUUGGAAGUUUAGUUAAUUAUCCUCUGGUUUGGUUUAUGUAUUUUCUAUAAGAAGGAAAAAUGAUAUAUAUAAAGAAAGCAUAAACAGUAAAGGCUGUAUAAUUUGGAGCAGCAGUAAUAAGGCUAAAGCUAAUGGAGAGAAAGGUAUAGAGCAAGGUUCAGUUGCAGAAGGCCUAGUUCCAAACUUCCAAUCGAGGUUACUGGUGGUUUGAUUUGCUAUUUGCAUCAUCAGUGUAAGCAAGCCCCAUUCUACUUGUACUUUUGAACGUCAAUCCAGCUAAGGCUAAAUUAUGAGAUUCCAGGCUCUUUUUGUUGUCCUGAUGAUUAGUCCUAGAAUGUACUUUUAUUUAUUUGGGGAUUUUGAUAGGUUAUGUAUGUGUCAUUUUCAGGCUGCCUGAGUUGUUUAUUUGAAUUCUAAUCAUCCCGAGAUCAUGUGUAUUUGAAUGCUAAUUGUUAUGUUCUUCAACUGCUUCGACUGAAGAACUUUGUAAUUUCUUUUAAAUCAUUCAACUAAAUGCUUGCUGGAGAUGUUUCUGAUUGUUAA